UAUGGGAUAGUAUUAAAUUAUUUUCAAAUAAUGUCAAACAAAAGUUAGAUUACAGAAGCAUUUUGUCUAAUUUUACGGUUUUAUAGCGUAAAUUUUAAGUUAUUACCGAAAGGAAUUAAGAAACAUGCACAAAACUUUAAAAGGCGUUUUUGCCGAACCAAAGGUGGUUCCACGGAGAAAUUUCCUGAGAGAGAACAAAGUCAACAUCAAACGGAUGCAACAGUCUUGCGAUGACAUCCACAAAUUGUCCACUCGUUCCCCGAGUCGAAAUGGCUCUGCUACACAACGACCGAAUUUCAUUACAACAGUGAAUCCGAAACACAAGGACAAGUUUAUAGCUAAAUCGGAAGUGCCUCCUGUUGGAAAGAAACCACAAAUGCGGAAGCCACUCGUAGUCCCGAGACGACAGAAUUUCACAGAGAUGCCAGCAAAACACAGUGAUACUAGGCCUUCAAGUUCAAUGUCGAAUUUAACUGUGCGAGAUCAGGGAAUACAGACUGAAGAAGACACAAAAGAGGAGAGCUUUCUAAAAGACACCAUCAUACGAUACCCUUCAAGUACGAAUCUUAGUCCAAAGCAACGCACUACGGAGAGUGCCCCAUUGGUCGGAUCUCUAAAAAAAGAAGGAAGUACACAUUCCCUAGGCAAAUCUGUCAGUAUCAAAAUACCGUCUGAAACAGAAAGCAGAAAUGGAGAUGUCUCUAACGAUAUUGAGUUCGAACGAAAACAUUUCUCUGAUCCCAAAUCGGAUGCAAAAGGCCGUCUUAUAAAGUCACCAGUGCUGGACGGUAGAAAGUGCAUGAAACACGAUUAUCCAAAACGUGAAACUUUGUACAUUCCACCAAAUUACAAAAUGGGCGUUGUACCAAAAUAUCUGCAAGAUCGCAAAGAAGAAUUAGCUAGUAUAAUAAGACAAACCGAAGUAAUUGAUGUAAACUGCCCCGAGGGUCACAUUCCACUUCCCGAUGAAGAUAGACUGAGAGCUCUAGAUAUUGCGAAAAAAAGAUUCGACACUUUGAUCUGGGAACUGAACAAGAUGCCGAUGACUUCGGAAACUUUGCGAAUAAAAAACAGAAAAAUCGAAAUAGAGAAAGAGCUGACAAAACUUGAGGAAUCGAUACGUAUAUUUUCCAGAGUGAAAGUCUACGUGAAAUUAACUGAGUGAGAAGUAGAGACUCGCCUUUCAAAGAGUGCCUAGUUUAAAAAACUAAAUCAAAAUGUACAAUUUUAAAAUUCGUAACAAUUAGCUUAAAUUUCUUGUACAAACGGUUGUGUUUAUUACGGCGAUUAAAUUUAUUAAUUUCAAUUUUUGUUACCCCCUCUGCGAUUUUAUCGAAAAAUUUUUGGGACGGAAAUAAAAUGUAAAAUGACAUGAAAAUGAUCUAAAGAUCGUUUAUAAAAAUAUUUUUUUUUAAAUUAAUGUCCAUUAAAAAGAAUUAAUGAAUCAUUAGAUUAAAAAUAAGAUUUUUUUUAAUUUUGAAAAGAAUUUAAGCUAAAUUAAAAAUUCAAUUUAAAAAUCAUCUUUUAUUAUGCAAAAACAUAAAAAAUAUUAACGAACAACAAAAUAUAUUUUUGUCUCAUAAAAAUCUUGAUGGUGAAAAAAAUGAAAUUAUUAAAUUAAAUCGCCUAUCUUGUUUUAUAAAUU